UGUUUGUAUAGUACGAGAGAGAAAUACGAAGGAUAUAAUCGCGUAUGUUGGCUUCACGCGUUUGUAUAACAAGAAGGACGUAGUCGAGAGAUGUAACGAGAAGAAGUGUCAGUGUCAUUAUUGAUACAAUGCAAGAAGAUAUAUUUCCAGCUGCAGAGAAAAUCCUUUCUGAUCUUGAGAACGUACUGAAGAAGAAUUCUUCUUUAAAGAGUUUUGAAAUUAUACCCUGCGAGGAUAAUGAAAACAAGUCGCCGGUGUUUCAUCAAGAAGACAGUUUGGGCUUAGCAUCAUGGUGCGUUCAACCACUUUAUUGUUACACGCAUCGUCGUUUGUUAGAACAUCGGGGAAACAAACAUAGACGAGAGGAUCCAAGCAUUAUAGCCAGAUGGCUGUCAGGUGCAUUGCUCUUAAAUCCGGAUACAGCGACAUUUUGGAAUAUGAGAAGAGAAUUGGUUAAAAGUAACAAAUUAGACGUUAUUGAGGAGUUAGCGUUCACCCGGCUGGCGCUUUAUGUAAAGGCUAGAUCUUUCGAUGCUUUGUCUUAUCGUCGUUGGUUAUUACCAUAUGUAUUAAAUUCAGAAGGAAAGAAUUACGAUCUCGCAAUAGUAGAACCAACGUUGACAACAGAAAUGAUUGUUAAUACUAUAUGUGCUAAUAGAUAUCCGACUAAUUAUCACGCCUGGAGCCAUCGUAAAUGCGUUAUGAUUCUUAAAGAAUUUUACGGACAUACUAAUCCUAGUUAUGAAAAAGAAUGGAAGGAUUCGUUAGCUUGGUGCCAAUUAAAUGUAUCCGAUUAUAGCGGUCAAUGUUAUCGACAAUAUCUCUUAGAGAAAUUCCUACUCGCAACUGAUAUUAACAGCAAGGAUAAUUUAUUGAAAUGUGUUAAGAGUAGCGAUUAUCAAUCACGUUGUCAUAUGGUAAUGGAUUACGUUUCAGACGUUUUUUAUCUCACUCAUGACAAUAAUUCUCAAAGUAAUCAAGAAAGUAAUGAUAAUGAAAAAAAUAAUGAUUCCUCGACGACUCAACACUGUAUUACGUCUCAUACUCUUGAUCUACUUCAUGGUAAAGCACGACUCGGCAUUUCUACUACAACUAAUUCUACUUCUACUUCUACUAUCACCAACAAUAGUAGCAGUAGCAGCAACUUAAAACUUGAGCCGUGGCAAAUAUGUUUUCUAGCUUUAUCCUAUUGGGUAGAGGAAUGUAAAGCCAAUGAAGAGUGCAUUAAAAUGUACGAGGAUCACGAAGCUCUUUGGAGUCAACGUAGAUACCUUGCUCAUCUUCUUCUACGUUUCAUCGAAUCCUACAAAAAAUAUUCCUAUUAUAAAUCUGACAUUAUUCUUGAUUAUCGUCGUCGUCCUACCGAGCAACAUGAAAUAGAUGAGAUCGUUUAUAAACAAAGUAAUGACAAAAACCAAGACAAAAAUAAAGAGAAGGCUCCUCUCAUUCAAGCCUUUUUAAAUCGUACACGUGAAAUCACCGAUUUAGCCGCGAAACGUGGCUCUCACGAGCAAUUUCUUGUUGAAAAAUGUAUCAAAUAUCUUGGAGAUAUUCAUUUACAAUUUUGAAUUAUUUUAUGAAUCCUCUCUUAUU